CCUCUUGUUGUGGGAUUCUGCUAAGAUCCAAAGCAAAUUGACCAAUGAAAUGUGACAAGGUGGGCGGAACUUCCGCUGCAAUAGCUUGAGAAUGCGGGGGCGACUGAAGCGGUAUGCUGCUGCAGCGGUGAGCAUCCAGUACUCUCCCCAGCAUGUGGAAACAUGGAUAAAUACAGCAGGAUCAACAAGAUCGGAGAAGGCUCCUUCGGGAAGGCCAUCCUCGUCAAGUCCAAGGAAGAUGGGAAGCAGUACGUCAUCAAGGAGAUUGGCAUCUCACGGAUGUCCAGCAAGGAGCGGGAGGAGUCCCGCAAGGAGGUGGCUGUGCUGGGGAACAUGAGCCACCCCAACAUCGUUCGGUACAGGGAAUCCUUCGAGGAGAGCGGCUGUCUGUACAUAGUGAUGGAUUACUGUGAGGGCGGAGACCUCUUCCGCCGCAUCAACGCACAGAAAGGUGUGCUGUUCCCUGAAGACCAGAUCCUGGACUGGUUUGUGCAGAUCUGCUUGGCUCUGAAGCACGUCCACGACCGCAAGAUUCUGCACAGGGAUAUCAAAUCCCAGAGGAUUCACUUAAUCGUAGGUCUCCCCUCCCCACACAGCACAGUGGAGCUGGCCAGGACCUGCAUCGGCACCCCUUACUACCUGUCCCCCGAGAUCUGUGAAAAUAAGCCCUACAACAACAAAAGUGAUAUCUGGGCCUUGGGUUGUGUCCUGUAUGAGAUGUGCACGCUUAAGCAUGCAUUUGAGGCAGGUAACAUGAAGAACCUGGUGCUGAAGAUAAUUCGGGGGUCGUACCCCCCCGUGCCCCAGCAGUACUCCCCAGAUCUGCGGGGCCUGCUGGGGCUGCUCUUCAAACGCAGCCCCAGAGAGAGGCCCUCCGUCAGCACCGUCCUGCACAGAGCCUUCCUGUCCCGCAGGAUACACAGGUUCCUCACCCCACAGCUCAUCGCUCAGGAAUUCAGCCCCACCGUCCUGCACCAGCUGCAGCUCAGCUCUCAGCCACAGGCUAAGCCAGCUAAGCGCCCUGCGGCUGGCCCCGCCCCUGUAGCUCCCGCCCAGAAGAUCACCAGACCGGCCGCUAAGUAUGGAGUGCCUUUAGCCGCCCGCAAGCCUUCGGACCGGAGACCGCAGGUCCGCCACAGACAGGCCCCCUUGCCAGCCCCUCAGAGGACACUGAGUCAAGCGGAGGAGGAGAGGAGGAAGUGCGAGGAGAACGUUCGGAAGAAACGUAUGGAGCCGAUGGAGAAAGACCGAAAACAAAGAGAGCAAGCCCUCCUGCUGAAGGCCAGCCAGAUGAAGCGAUUUGAGCGGGAGAAGCUGAAUCGGAUCAAUCGGGCACGAGAGCAGGGCUGGCGGCAUGUCCUGAGCUCUAGCGGGGGAGGGGGCAGUCCUGAGAGGAAGUUUUUUGGAGGUGGUGGUGGGGUGGGUGUAGCCCCUGUCCCAGUGGUGGGCGUGGUCCCUGUCCCAGGGCCAGGUGUGGCCCCUGUACCAGCAGUAGGUGCGGCCCCUGUCCCUGACUCAAACAAAAGCCAGCUGGAGAAUCAGCCUCCCACCCCAGAGCAGAGCCCCAAACUACAGCCCAAAGAGGUGGGCAGGACCGGCAUGGAGACCCCCAGCAGGGGUGUGCCAGCAGCUGCCGGACCUGUCAUGUGCAAUGGCCCCAACCGUCUCCCUGCCAACGGCCCCUCCCACCUCCCCAACCACGACGCUGUCAAGCGAGAGCUACGCAGACUGGAGCUAGUUACCAGGCAUGCUAAUGCCAACAAGCAGCGCGGGAUGGCAGCCGCCGAGAGGGCCCGGCAGGUGGAGGAGUUCUGGCAGCGCAAGAGAGAGGCCAUGCUGAACAAGGCACGUGCCGAAGGCCAGCUGGGAGCUCGGCAAAACCUGGCGGCUCUGUAUGGAAGCAGGCCAAACUCUGCGACAGGCAGGAAACGCAUCCCCAACAAAGAGGAGGAGGAGUACUUGGCCAGACUGCGUCAGAUCCGUCUGCAGAACUUCAACGAGCGGCAGCAGAUCAAAGCUCGCCUUCGAGGAGAAAAGUACGACAGCGAUGGCUCAGACAGUCAGGAGUCCAGCGACGAAGCGCAGCUCAGGAGAAAGAAGAUUGAGGCUCUUAAGGUGCAGGCACAGACUCGGGCCGCUGUGUUGAAAGAGCAGUUGGAGAAAAAGAGGAGGGAGGCAUACGAGCGAGAGAAGAGGGCCUGGGAGGAGCAUCUGGUCUCCCGGGGGGUGAAGGUGCCCCCCCCAGGACCCGGACCCUCACUGCCAGAGCCCGGGGCCCGAGCCCCCCCCUCCCCCAAAUCCACCCCCCAAGCCAUCUCCAUGACAGCCGCCCUGAAGGACGUGGGCGCGGAGGGGGCGUGGGUGCAGAGGAUGGUGGAGGACCCCGGCGAGCUGGGCAGAGCCGGGCUGCAGAGUGAGAAGCGGGAGAUCCUGCGGCGGCUGAACCUGAAAGUGCCGAGCAGCAGCGUCGGUGAGGAGGAGGAGGAGGAGGAGGAAGAGCAGCCAGCCCCGCCCUGUCCCAGCGCCCCAGAUGUCAGACCCCCUACGGGGGGGGACAGGAAACGAUGGGAGGCGGGAGCACCCCCCCUCCUCCCUGCAGCCCAGGCAACGCUGGGGGACGCAGGUGCGCAGGUGGAUCCCCUUGAGGAGAGCCCCCCCCACGCAGGUGAGCGCAGACGCUGGGAGGCCAGAGACCUGCCCCUCAUCUCUGUGGCUCAGCAGACCCUCGAGGAGACCAGUCUAGGAACUGCUGAGAGGACAUCGGGGGAGGUGAUCCGGCUGGAGGUUGGGCAGGGCGAGGUCCCCAGGAGGGCGUGGGGGCGGAGCCCGGACACUCAGGUGCUGAAGGUUCUUGGAGAGGCGGAGCUACAGCCUAUCACCCUGCUGCUGGAGAAUGCCAGUAUCCAUGGUGAUGCCACUGCAGCAGAAAGCUGGAGCCAAGGUGGUGUAGGAGAACCAGGAACACAAGAACCUGAUACCCAUCAACCAGAACCCCAACCCCAUCAACCAGAACCCCAACCCCAUCAACCAGAACCCCAAACCUAUCAACCAGAACCCCAAACCCAUCCAUCAGAACCGAAAACCCAUCCACCAGAACCCCGAACCCAUCCACCAGAACCCAAAACCCAUCAACCAGAACCCCAAACCCAUCCACCAGAACCCCAAACCCAUCCACCAGAACCCCAAACCCAUCAACCAGAUCCCCAACCCCAUCAACCAGAACCCCAAACCCAUCCACCAGAACCCAAAACCCAUCCACCAGAACCCCAAACCCAUCCACCAGAACCCAAAACCCAUCCACCAGAACCCCAAACCCAUCCACCAGAACCCCAAACCCAUCAACCAGAUCCCCAACCCCAUCAACCAGAACCCAAAACCCAUCCACCAGAAUCCCGAACCCAUCAACCAGAUCCCCAACCCCAUCCACCAGAACCCAAAACCCAUCCACCAGAAUCCCGAACCCAUCCACCAGAACCCAAAACCCAUCCACCAGAACCCCAAACCCAUCCACCAGAAUUCAGAACUCAGGGGACCCCCGCAGAAGAAGCGGCCUUAAUAUCAGCACCUGCUUGGAGUGAGAGAGACACUGAGGCAGAACUGCAGGAUGUGGAGGUGGAGGUUCUGGAGGAGGGUCCGAGACGGUCUUCAACCCCCCCGGCCUCAGUCCUGCUGGCCUGGGACAAGGAGGUCCCUGCCCCCCCACAGCCGGGGCCAGCGGAGGGCAGCGCAGCUCCACCAGAGGCCAGAACAGAGGAGGAGUCUGCUGGGAAGCCCCCUCCAGACCCCAGAGAGGGGGAUCCGUUGUUCCGGCGGCUGUCGUCUCCUGCUCACCGUCGAGCCGUGGCUCUGGCCCUGCUGGGUGCCCAGUCCUCCCAGUCCUCGCAGGAGGACUCCUCCCUCGCGUCCCGCUCCCGCUCCGUGUCCCCCGUCAGGCAGAAGGACAAAGACUCGCUCCUCAUUGGCCUGUCCACCGGCCUCUUCGAUGCCAACAACCCUAAGAUGCUGAGGACGUGCUCUUUGCCGGACCUCAGCAGGCUGUUUCGGAGCGGUGAUGAUGGUGCUGCUGGUGAGGCGGGGGGGCCCAGCGCUGAGCAGCCCCCCAACCUGGAGCUGGAGGACCUGGAGCAGCCCAGCGGGGAGGAGCAGGAGGACAAUGCAUAUGAGGAGGCAGAUGAAGAUCUGCAGGAGCUGAGGGCAUCCAUGGAACGCCUGCUUCAGGAGCCCAGUGAAGAGGAAGAAGAGGAGGAGGAUGAGGAGGAGGAGGAAGAAGAUGAAGAGGGGUCUAACGGCACGCCUCCAGAGGAGGAGGCUGGGGGACCCCUGGAGCCCGUCACCAACGGCCUGGAGGAGGCGGGGGAGGAGCCGAGCAGCGGGAGCGAACUCAACGAGGAGUGGCACUCAGACGGCAGUGAGGAAGAGGAGGAGAGCGAGGCUGAGUAUCAGGACAGUAUCUUCAGUCGUCUGGAGGAGCUGCGCUUUCGGCUGGAGCAGGAGAUGGGCUUUGAGAACUUCAUCCAGGCCUACAACAAAAUCAAGGCCAUCCAUGAAGAUGAGGAUGAGAACAUCGACCUGGGCUCCAGUCUGGUGCACAACAUCCUGGGCUCCCAACACCAGCACCUGUACCCCAAAAUCCUGCACCUGGUGAUGGCAGACGGAGUCUACCAAGAAGACAAUGAUGAAGAGGAGUAACUCUUCCAGGUUGCUGGCAGCCCCUGACACUCUGCAAGCUGACUUAUGUCUUCCCAGGAUGCAAUACGUGUGAGAGAAGAGGGCGAGGGAGGGGGUGUUUUUGGGGAGUGGGGGCACCAGUGAUACUCACUCAGCACCGCGUUUACCAAGAGACGCCUCGUUCUAAAUGAUUUCACUCAAGACUGUUCUGUAGAGUCGAAUGUUUCUUAACCAAAGUGUCAUUCUGAAUGUCAUUCCAUAGCUGUGUGUCUGUAGGCAUCGUCUCUCUCUCUCUCUCUUACACACACACACACUUUCUCUCACAUGCACAUACAUGCAUACUCUCUCUCACGCACACACACACACACACUCUCACCCACACACACAUACACACACACAGUCUCACACACACGCGCACACACACACACUGUCUCACACACACACACACAGUCUCGCACACACAUAUACACACACACACUGUCUCACGUACACACACACUCACACACUGUCUCACGUACACACACACACACACACACUGUCUCAUACACACACGCACACACACACACUGUCUCAUACACACACACACACACAGAGUGCAGGUGGGCGGGGCUUCCCUGGUGCGUGUCAGGGUCCAGCAGUCUUUCCCCGGCAGGGCGGAGCUCUGGGCCUCUGGCCACACCCAGCUGCUCAUCAGGGAUUCAGUAUUCAUUCCAAACGCAAAGCUUCCCCUCCUCCAGUGCUUCCGUCAUCACAGGCCACGCCCACACCCAGGCCACACCCACUCACUCCCUAUAUGCACUUUUUGAUGAACAGAAAACACUUUUUGAAAUACAUUUUUUUCACUCUUUUUAUCAGUUCAUCCAGCGCUAGGACUGUGUGUGUGUGAAAGUGUGGGUGCCGGACCGCGUGUGCAUGCGUGUGUGUGUGCCGAUCUGCACUUAGGGGUUCUUGUCUUUGAUAAUAAAGCAGAUAUUAUGUAACUUUGUAUGUAAAAAUAAAUGCUCACCUUUCUUA